ACCUAGAGUCCACCAUAUAAAGCAGCCAAUUGGCACAUGUAGCCGAGCUCUUCGAACGCACGCAACGCGUCCAGCGCGACAGAGAUAGCCGCACACAGCGACCGAUUGCUGUCAAACUCAACACAGCCGUGCCGACGAACAGACCGCACAAAGCGUAAUGCAAAAGAAUUGAAAAAAAUCAUCAAGUAUAGAGGCCAAAAAGCGAACGCAGCAAGUCGGCGUAAAAUUAGGCAAUUGUCGUUCAAUGCUGAGCAAAUAAAUGCGGCGAUUACAGCGCAGCAAAGAAGGCGAGCGGCAAAUUGCGAAUUGCGGUAAGGUACGAAGAAAAAAAACCGAGUAAAGUUGAAAAGAAGUCAAACGAAAUACGGAUGAAGCGACACCACACACACACGGACGCAUACGGACGCACGCACACACUCACACUCGCGCACGCAGAGGCGAAUGCCGUGUGUGCUUUAAGUGAAGAAUUAAAGGCGUUCCGAAUGCUAAUUGCAUUAAUGAGAGACGAAAAAGGAAGCUGUUUAAAGGAUUGCCUUGAAUGUUUGUACUUCUAGGAGGCAGCAAAAUAAGCCGAUAAAACGGCGACCGCAAUUUAGGAACACACACUCACAUAUACGCCACACAACACCGAGUCAGGGGCCACACAGACAAACAGCACACACACACAUGCCACUGAGAGCCUCCCAUACAAGCAGACCACAACACACACACCCACACAUACAAGCAAGCGUGCCUUGGCAGGUGAGAAGAAGAAGAGGAAGCGGCGGAGGCGGAAGGAGGAGCAAAAAGGAGGCGCCAAAGGCCCCAGAAUAUUGGAUAAAAUCGGAAUAAGGCUGCAUUAUCUUCUCCACGAAAAGAGGAAGCAGCAGUAGCAGCAGCAGCACCAGCAGCUCUUCGACGAAGAAGAAGGGGAAGCAAACGCAGCAGAAGCGGAAGAAGAAGCAGGAAAAAGAGGGAAAACCAACAGAAGCAGCAGCAGCGUAUUUGGCGAAAAACUUGCAUUGAUGGUAAUGCAUGCUAGAAAACCGCAGCGUAUGAACGAUGGGUACUUUGAGAAGCAUACCAGUCACACAUCAUACCAGAGCUCAAAGUACAGCAGUUCAAAGCGCGACUACGAACGCGAUCGUUCCUCCAAUUAUCGCGAUCGUGACCUGUCGCCAGGCGCUGGCGGUGGAGGAGGCGGCGGAUCCGCUGGAGGAGGUGGCGGCGGCGGCAGCGGCAAUGGCGGCGGACCAUUGAACAAUGGCAACAGCUACCGCUCCCAGUCGCCGGACAUUGAUUCGCCAUCGUCCCGUUCGCAUGAUCUGCGCGAUCGCAGCGAUCAUCGGGGCGGAGGUGGGGGCAAUGGGCGUGGCGGCAGCGGCGAGCGGUACAGCUUUAUGCAGAAGAUGCGGGAUCGAGAUCGGGAUGUCUACAAGAAGGAUAAAUAUUCAGAUAAACGUGAUCGGCGUGGCAACGAUCGCGACUCGGAGUCGUCGUAUCGCACCAACCAUGAUAGGGAUCGUCGUGGCGGAGGAAGCGGCGGAGGCGGCAACGCCAGCGGCAAGCUCUGCUCCUCGCGGGAGAACGACAAACGAUCCGGGUCCGACGAUCGCGAUCGGGAGCGGGAUCGAGAUCUGCGUGACUUGCGCGACAAGCGGGAUCGCGGUUCCGAUCGCGACAGGGACAUGUACAAGAAGGACAAGUACGCAGACAAACGAGAGCGCAACGAUCGCGGCGAGCGGACGGCGCGUUAUGGCGACUGGAGCGAGCAUGUCAGCUCAUCAGGCAAAAUGUAUUACUACAACUGCAAGACGGAAAUAUCUCAAUGGGAGAAACCAAAGGAAUGGGUGGACAGAGAAAGAAAUUUGCCGCGCGAUCAGCAUCGUGAGAAGGAUUACCGCGACAAGGAUCGCGAUCGCGACCGCGAUGAUCGUUUCUCCAGAUCAACAUACAAACAUUCCAAUUCUUCGCGCGGCAAUUCACGACUGAGAUGGAAUUACGACAACGAUGGCGGUCCGCCCAGUCAUCGAAGGCGUUUGGAUGGUCGACACAACGACAAUGCUGACAUGGACAUAAGCGGCGAUUCUACGCCUACCUCGGAGGCCAGUUACUCGCUUAGCGGCACGCCCACUACACACGGCGGCGGUCCGGGCGGAGGCGGUCCCGGAGGCGCCGGCAGCAACAGCGACCAGCCAAUGGGCAAUGCCCUGCCACGUUUGGCCUCCCACCCGACUGCCAAUUCCUCCGCAUCCGUGGCGACGGGCACAGGUGCGGCGGGGGGACUGCACUACGGCAGCGGAGCGGGCGGUGGCCCAGUGACGGGCGCCACAAUGCUGCCCACAAUGUCGGGAAUGCUGAACAGCAAUAGCAGCAACAGUGCCGGCGGCAGCAGCAGCAAUGCCAGCAGCAGCAGCCUAAGGAACUCCGUUGGACACAUUGGCUCCACCUCUGGCACAACUGUGCCCACAUUGGGGAGUCAGGAUCCGCACCAGCACCAUCUGAACUCGAAUGCUCCACUGCCACCGGGUGCCAAGGGCAAGGAUCAGGCGCUGCUGAUGCGCCAGAAGAUGCACCUGGGCCUGGGCGUCCUCGAUGUACAAUCACAUCACGGCGUUAACUCGGUUGGUUCGGCGGCAGAUGGGUCCAAUCACGCCUACAAUUCGGUCAAUAACUCGGUCUCCGGCAGCUUACGGGACAACAGUGUCAACUCGCCGCUGUAUAUGCACCACAGCAUGUCACCCUCGUUGAGCUUUACCAAGAGUCCCAUACCGACGAUUGUGGGCCACACGAACAACGUGAGCAUCGCCUACACCUGCAAUCCACCCUUUGGCCUCAAGACGACCCUCGAUGGCGGAGUGAUGGUGGCGAACGCCUCACCGGCCACGCCCGGCGGCAACGCCUCCUCCGGCUCCAGUGGAGCGAAUAGCAGCCAAAGCAUCGUGCCCGGCAUGGGCGCCGUCAGCGGAAUCAGUGUGAUCACCUCGAUGGGCAGCAACAGCGGCGCGGUGGGCGAAGGACCGCCUACGCCCACCCAGGAGCUGGACUUGAGUGGCUCGGCGUUGGAGCAGCAACAGUUGGCCGCCGCAGCGGCAGCCGCGACAGCAGCCAGCCUCCAGCUACAGGCGGCGCAGCAGGCCCAGCAGCAGCGGAAGUUGGAUGGCACUUCGUCGGCCACGCUAAGCUCGCUGCAGAGUUGCGUGAGUUCCUCGGGACAGGCGGCAAACAUGCGCGGUCCCGAGAUUUCACCCAAACUGGCCAAAUACUUCCGCGCCGAUCUGAUCGCGCAUGUGACCAAUUGGCAGGCGGAGGUGCUGGAGCGUCAGGCGCAGAAGUGCUGUGAGGAUACGCACCUGUUCGGCGACAUCACCUGCACGAGGAUAUGCGCAGAGCUGAAGUGCGCCCGCAGCCUGGUGCGAAGCACCGAAAUCAAUGCCACCCUGCAGGAACAAAAAAUUAUGUAUCUACGCCACCAGAUCCGCCGUAUUGAGGAGUCGAAGACUCAGAACGCGUUCAUGUCAGACGAUACUUAGGAUCAGGAGCAGGUUAGGCUGCGCGUACAUCGCAAGCUGUCUGUUAGGCUCAAAAAGAGCUUCUUCUGGCGCAGCUGAUGAUGAUUGCGAUGAUGAUUGGUCCAUUGGGGCCGCCGUCAGCAGCUAGCCUUUGUCCUCGUUUCGCAGUCCCGGAUUCACCCCUAUUUAUUGAGGGCAUCUGGAAAUUGAUUAGAUGAUGACGACGUCUGGCGGGGGCCCACGACAAUGACUGAGAAACCGCGUGCAUCCUGCUCCAUCCUCCUACUUCUCUCCUCUGGGCGACGCAUCUCUCCCCACCACCACAACCAGCCCGCGAUUCACUUGUGUUCGGAUCAAGUUCCAGUCCGCAACCGACUAUAUAGUGGCAGUAUGUAACUGGCUGAGCGGACUGCAUGGACUUGGCACAGGACAAAUCAGGAUAAAACAACAAACAGCUGCAACAAGAACUUUAACAAGAAACACAAAAAACUAAAACAUAAUUUAUAAUUAGCAAAGCGUAAAUUAAAAACAAAAGUAAACUUAACAAAAGUAAGCAUAAAGCAAGGCGGAUGAAUAGCCAGAGAAAUAGCCACAAACAAAACACACCACUCCAGGUAACUACAAAAUAAGAAUACAGCCGACAAGAACCGACCUAUCAAGAUCAAGAAGCAAUAUGGAUAAAGCCUCGUGUCGAAUCGAAUCGAAAGAAACAAAACAAAAGAUAAACAAACGAAAUAGGAUCAACAACACCAGUAAAGCAACAACACCAACAAAAAACAAGUCAACAUAGUAUACUCAACUGCAAUAAAAAGCUAAUAAAACUAUAUACAAAUUAUAUAUAAAUAAAUAUAUAUAAAUAGAGUAUAUGAAAGAUUGUAUAUUUACAACCACUCAACAUAAAAACGGAGGAGAAAUCAUGAUGAUAAAAUGAUAACGAUGACAACCAAAAUGCGAGUCAAGUCGAGCACGAAUGCACGCUUCUCGAGACGAGGAAAUCGACAAUUUUAUAUAUAUAUUUAUUUGUAUAUAUAUAUAUACACGUUGGCAACCCGACGACCCACACGCCGAUCUUAUUUUAUAUUUUCACUGUGCGAUCGAAAUGUUUGUUUAAUCUGCUGAUCAUCGGCGUGAUAUCCUGCUGAUUGGUGCAAUUUUAAUAUCUUGUUUUGUAGUUAUUUACCGAUAAAAUCCAUCGCCCGGCCACACCUAAAAAUACAAUAAAUUUUUUUAAUUUUUAAACUAUAGGCAUAUAAAUUUAUAUUUACAAUACACCAUAUUCUUAAACCUCCGAUUCAAAUUGCAAAUAGAUUUGUUUUAGUUUAGUUUUUUUUGUAUGCCCUACAUUAAUGUCUACGUUAUAUGAUCAUAUAUAUAUUUUUUAUUAUAUAUGCAUAUAUAAUUUAUUUGGAAAAAGCGACAAUUUUUUUGUUAUUUAAGCGUAGCGAAGCGACAGCAGUCACGAGAGAGAAGGG